CUAUCUCUUAAUUAUCUAAGCCCCUGAGCUUCAACGUGUAUAUUCUCGACGACCAUGCAGUAAAACUGUUUCACUUAAAAGCUCGGAGCUUGCUAAAUGAUAGGAUGUCCAGUAACAGCAACGACCAGUUCCCUCAAGUCCAAGGCGGAGGGAGUUUGAUCCUCGCCUGGCAGAUUAAGAACAAACAUGUUUUAGUAGUAGGAGGCGGCGAGGUUGCGGCUGGCCGCAUCCUCAACGUCCUGAACGCCGACGCCCAUGUAACCGUCGUGUGCCCGUCUUCCGGUCUUAACCCCGAAGUGCGCCAUCGUAUCGACAACGACGAGGUCACUCACGUCAACCGCCUCUUCAACCCUUCAGACCUCGAAACGUUGCCCCCAAGCAAUGGUCCUCCUGAUAUGGUCCUUGUCGCCGUUGAUGAUCCUGCUGCAUCCACCCAGAUUUGGAAGCUAUGUAAGCAACACCGCAUACCCGCCAAUAUCGCCGAUGUCCCACCCGAAUGUGACUUUUAUUUUGGGAGCAUGCACCGCGAUGGCCCCCUGCAGAUCAUGGUCAGCACCAAUGGAAAGGGCCCCAGGUUAGCUGCCAGUAUCAGGAAAUGGAUCGGUAACCAGUUGCCCAAGGGCGUUGGCGAUGCAAUCGAGAGGAUCGGGGAGUUGCGUGCUAAGCUGCGCCAGAUAGCCCCCAGUCCCGAGGAGGGCCCGAAGAGGAUGCGCUGGAUGACGAGAGUCAGCGAUGCUUACAGCUGGGAUGAGAUGUGUGGCUUCACCGACGAGGAUAUGGACAAUCUCUUGACCUUUUACUCUAGUAACCAGGUACCUCAUUUAGAUCUACUGAAGGGUAUGCGAGGUGGAAUGAGCCCGGAAGACAUCGAUAUCUUCGAUGGAUCGUUCGGGUUCAGUGUCGUCGCAUGAGGCUAGCGACCAGCUAGACACCUCGCUAGGCGUUAAUCUGGCUGGCUGUGAGGGAGGUUAGCGGACAGCCACGUACGAUCUCGCCAUGGAGGCUUCGGGAUGGCGAAAUCAUCUACCUAUGAUCGAACGAUCCAGACCAC